GCGAGACUGUGGCAGGCAUUUUGACACUGGGGGGGGGACUGAACAACUGCCACUGACAUCUCAAUGACACUAAUACAGUGAUCAGUGCUAAUAAAAAGCACUGACACUGUACUAAUGACACUGGGCAGAAAUGGAUUAACAUCUGGGGCAAUCAAAGGGUUAAUUAUGUGCUGUAUGCUGUUUUACUGUGGGGCAGGGGUGUGUACUGCAGGGAACACCACUGAUCGGGAGAGAGAAACUCUUCUGUUCCGGUCAGCAUGUUCUCGAGCUGUCAGGGAAGUG